ACCCCACGCAUCAGGAUCAAGGUUCCAGAACUGGAAAAAGGAACGGGAGAAUUUCUAAUUGAUGGAGGAGCUUCUGUAAAUCUGGUAGUUCUUCAUGCUCUAGGAGAAAAGGCCGGAAUCACAUCGAAGGAAGGUCUUAAAAUCGCUGGGCUCGCAUCAUCUACGAUCCGAACCUUGGGAACUACCAGUUUGCAAAUUAAUGGAUCUGCUACGGAAUUUUACGUAGUAGAGGACUUGCCUAUUUCCGCUGAUGGACUCAUAGGAAGCCCUUUUUAUUACAGGAAGGGGCUGAAAUUUCCUAUUACCAUAAAACCUUGGUAACUCGUAACCAACCUAUUAAACCUAUAUUCUUCAGUAACGCUGAGGAGAUGGAACUGCAUCCAGUAUUGCCAAUUAAACAUAGAUUGCCAGGACGCACAGCUCUCCAAAUUGCAGUUCCAGUCGCAAAUCCGGAGGUUAUGGAAGGGUACCUAGCACGAAUCAAGACUCCUGAACAGGUCUACAUUGGAGAAGCAGCAGUCUGCAAUCAUGAUGGAAUUUGCUAUGUCCUAGCCACAAACACCGGAGAAGACGAAAUCGAAAUCGACAUUGAACCACAACGCAUACAUCCGUAUGAGAUUUUUGACUCAUCAGAUGACGAUCCUAUUCCUUCGUAUCUAGCAAAGGAAACAAAGGAAGACAGAACUACACGUAUCCAAGAUCUUUUAAGGACCGAUCAUCUAAACUCUGAAGAACGACAACAUGUGUUCAAAAUUGUCAGGGAAUUUUCUGAUAGAUUUUUCCUACCUGGAGAUAACCUGGGCAAGGUUCCAAAUUUUCAUCACUCUAUUUACACAACAGACGACAUUCCGAUUAAUACUAGACAGUAUCGGUACCCACCAGUACAUCAGGAGGAGAUACAACGACAGGUUGGAGCUCUGCUAUCGCAGGGUAUUAUUAGACCAUCCACCUCACCAUACAAUUCUCCUUUAUGGAUUGUACCGAAGAAACCGGACGCCGAUGGUAACAAACGUUGGCGAAUGGUAAUCGACUUUCGUGCAUUAAACGAAAAAACAACAGGCGACAAGUUUCCAUUACCUAAUAUUCCAGAAAUACUAGACAAGGUAGGCGGAGCAAAAUACUUCUCAAUAUUUGAUUUGGCAAAUGGAUUUCAUCAGAUUGAAAUGAAUCCAAAGGACAGACAGAAGACCGCGUUUACAACCCCACAUGGACAUUUCGAGUUUGUGCGUAUGCCUUUUGGUUUGAAGAACGCACCACCGACAUUCCAACGCGUCAUGAACCGGGUAACAUCAGGCCUGGAAAACGUACUUGUGUUCAUAGAUGAUAUGAUUGUUUUUUCUUCAUCGCUGCGUGAACACGAAAUUAAAGUUAAAAAACUAUUCGAUCGCCUCAGGGAAUAUGGACUUACUCUACAGACUAAUAAAUGCGAAUUCCUACGCAAAGAGGUUGCCUAUCUGGGACAUAUUUUGUCUGCUGACGGGGUUAAACCAGAUCCUAGGAAACUUCACGCCGUAAAAAACUUUCCGAUUCCAAAAACACAGAAGAAUGUGCAACAGUUUCUGGGACUGACGGGAUACUAUCGCCGAUUCAUCAAGGAUUACUCUCUAAAGGCAAAACCACUAGUUCAGCUGUUGGGAAAAGGAACCCCUUUCCAAUGGACUGAAGAACAACAAGGGAGUUUUGAACUAUUGUGUAAAGAACUCUGUACACAACCAAUAUUACAAUAUCCAGAUUUUGAACGACCAUUUGUUAUCACGACGGAUGCUUCGGAUCAUGCGAUUGGGGCAGUAAAAUGGAAAUUAAGACUCUUAGAGUACGAGUACGAUGUUAUUCACAAGCCUGGGAAAAUAAACAAAAACGCAGACGCUUUAUCCCGGAACCCUCCUACAGUCUGUCUCCCUUUGAUUCCACGAGAAGACAAGGAGUUCAAAGUGCCAAUACCAAACCCGGACCCUCAGCCGGAUACCAUUGGUCGACGCAUCCAUGAAUUGCGACGAGAUCGGGAGAAAAGACCAACAUACACGGAAGAUACCAGCAGUUCUGAUGAAGCGACAAUCACGCCUCAACCCCGAUCAAUUAGAAGAAGGAAAAUACAUCAAGAUCCAACCGACAGGAUCACACCAAUCAUACAAUCACCAUUACCUACCCCUUCACAAAAUCUGUUGGAACUACGGGAUGAUAUCAACCUAACCUCUCCAUUUAUGCCAAUAGCGCAUUCCACUCAAACCGCUGGUCAUUUCAUACCAAGUCCAACCACUUCCGAGACUCCACAAAAUACUGAAGAUUUAAUAUCUUUCGACGAAGAGGAAAACAGUCAGACUACCAUAAGGCCUGCGUCUACUGUCGUGGAACUACCUGACCCUCCUACACCACCAACAGACGGACCAGAUGUUCAAGGUUUACAACCACCCCUACAACCUGCCAGACCGCAGACUCCACCCGUUCACGAAGCUACCAAUUUCACCCCGCACGGGCUGAUCUUUGGAAAACCAGCCCGACAACCAAGUUCUUUUCCAGAAGGAGAAGAAUUGGAUACUUAUGGAACUUACCUCACUCAUCUAAUCACAAGACUGACUGAAACCCGCAAUAUAGCAGCAGAUAAUUUAAACACCGCAAAGGAACGAUCCAAAAGAUAUUACGAUAGACACGCAAGACCAGUUCAAUUCAAAAUUGGAGACUCAGCUUACGUAUUAAAGGAACCAAGAAGCAAAUUAGAUCCCCAUUAUGUCGGGCCAUAUGAAAUAAUAGACGUAACCGAUUUAAACAAUGUCGUCUUAAAAGCAGAAAAUAAUAAAAUCAUCACUAAACAUCAAGAUAAACUCAAAAUCGCAUAUUCCGAAUAA